CGGCCAACGCUCACGGUUCCCAUUUUCCACACGUUUUGUGUCUCUCUUCGCCAUUCAUUUUCAGCGAGUCGCCCGUGUAUUGCGUUGCCUUUGCUGCUCUCGAAUUCUCCGAAUUAACUACCUGCUUCCUACUUCUCGGACGCCCUUAAUUACACACCGCUGCUCGCCGUUCUUCGUCUUUCGAAUUUUAGCGGCCAAUCCCAAGUCUACACUAGAGAAGAACCCCGCUGGCCCGGCCCUGUCACUACCAAAAAAAAAAUACCACACGACAAGCAAACAGGCCUUGCCCCGACGCCUGCACAGCCAAGCCCUUCCACUCUCGCCCCCCCUCCCCGCCCAGUCAGCGCCAUCCACCCACUAAAUCCGCCUGGACGCCACCCACUGCGCAGCGCUCUGCAGCACCACACCCGCCUUCCUAACGCGCUGCUCUAAACCACUGUACUGUACAGGCAGCCCGCCCCCAGCUGCUCCUCCCGCCUUUUCUUCCCGCUCGCCUAUUCUUCCCACCUUCAUCACCGCACACAUGCUGGCCGUUCAGCACGCUCCCAGGAUGGGUUCCACGCAGCAAGAUGCAGAUGCAUUUAUGCCAUUCGGUUAUGCCGUUGAUCCCACACAAGAAGCACACUUUGAUGCGCCAGACCCCGCCGGUGCGCCGCUGCUCUCCGAAAAUGAUACAAAAUUUCUCUCGUCCUUUUUCGAUGACAUGACCUCGGAUCAAUACAACAUGCCCUCGUUUGGCGAGGGUCUCAACUUCAGCGAUGCAUGGCUCGACUUGCCUCCCCAGUUCAUGGGCCACUCCACUUCAUUCGGCCAACAAGCUGCACAGCAACAGGUCCAACCGUUGACUGCGAAUCCCCAGGCCUUUCUCAAUGAUCCUAUGGACUUUGCGAAUACCAUGCCCGGAUCUCACCUCAUGCCGCCCCCUCCCGCUCCUCCUGCCCUUCUCCAGCCUAUGCCGCCGCAACAACCGACCUACCAAGGCCACCCUGACGAUGUUAUCAACGCCGCCGCCACCCUGCUUCAAAACGGCUCCAACCCUCGAUCUGCUUCAAGAUCAAAGGAUAUGAGCAGCCCUCGCCGGCCUAUCGGUCCCCCCAUUGGCCACCUGCGUCACCAAGGCCUGGAAGAGUUCAAGGAAGAAAGCCGAAAAGACUCGGCUGAUGGUGAAUACGAUCACACGUUUACCGGAUGGAUGUUUGCCAAAGACAAGCAGUCUCCUAGUACUCGCUCGCCACAUCCUCAAGUCCCGGAUUUGCAAUGGGGCUCAGACGCCGCCUUUGCUGGCGCACAGCCUUCAUAUGUCCCGGCACCGAACAAGGAGAGCGUCGAAUCUCAGCAUAAGCAACAGAUGCAGGUACUCGACUGUUUCGAGCUAAGCCAGAGCGCCAACAACACUCGACCUAGCAGUCCAGUACGAGCCAUUGCUAAAGUUGACGAUGCCGAUGCCCCGCCUAGAAAGCGUCGCAAGAGUAAGAAUCAGCGAGAUGGCAAUGUCGAGGAUGACGAUGAUGACGAGGACUCCGAUGACAAGCUUGGACGCAAGAAGAAGGGCAAGGGUGUUACUGGCAUGCCUUCGCCCCCGGAUUCCAACGGCAAGCGACGCAAGUCUGGUGUCCAGGCCAAGGCCCCACGCGAAAACCUCAGCGAGGAGCAGAAACGCGAGAACCACAUCAAAAGUGAGCAGAAGCGCAGAACCGUCAUCAAAGAGGGUUUUGAUGACCUCUGCGAACUUGUGCCUGGUCUCAAGGGUGGCGGCUUUUCGAAAUCCACCAUGCUCACCCUCGCUGCUGAAUGGCUUGAGGAGUUGCUCAAGGGCAACGAAACUCUUGCCGCUCAGCUUGGACGCAAGUAAGAUCCCAGUUGGUCGACCUCGCCUAUUUCCUGUCUUUCUUAGCGUUUACAAACGGCUGCAUCAACUGCGAAACAAGGUUCAAGUCCCAUUUUUGACCGUUUGGCAAACCUUGUAUGUCGUUCUUACCUGUUAUUUACCCGCCUUGCAUUGGGCAGCCUGUGUUUUUUUGGGUUGUUUUAAGUUUGUGUUUUUUUUAUUACUGGAGUCUGGGAAAGCCGGUGCAAACCACGGGAGCAAAACGGUGUCAGAUGCAAACCUAGCUCAGAGCGGCGUUUCGUUGUUGUUUUAUUGUCACUUAAUUGGAGGGAGCUGAAGGAUGCAUUUUUAACGUUCCUUUAUAUCCAUUGCAGAAAAGGGCACAAGUUUGGAUUAGCCAAGUUUUUUGGCCUCUUACUAGAGUUUGAUGACGUGACGGACUUGAUACCAUACAAGUAUUGAAUUGAACAAGAGAUUAUUACUAU